GGGGCGCGUGGAAACUUUCUUUCCCGCAGGACCUUCCGCCCACCGCCCACCUCGGGGGUCCACCACCGUCUCCCCCCCCACCCAGGGGGUCCCACCAACGUCUUCCCUCCAACUGCGGAGGCUCCGACCACCGCCUCCCCCCAGUCUGGGGGAUCCGAGUGUCGUCUUCCAUCCAACUGCAGGGGUCCGACCACCGCCUCUCCCCAACCUUGGGGGUCCGACCAUCGUCUUCCCACCAGCCUUGGGGGUCCCAGCAUCGACUCCCCCCGCCCUUGGGGGUCCGAGCAGCGUCUUCCAUCCCACCUCGGGGGUCGGAGCGUCGUGUCCCCCCAACCUCCGGGAUCCGAGCAUCUUCUGGCCCCACCCUUGGGUGUCCGAGCAGCGUCUUCCGUCCAACCUUGGGGGUCCAAGCACCGCCUCCGCGCAGCGUUGGGGUUCCGACCAUCGUCUCCCCUCCAGCUUUGGGGGUCCCACCGCUGCCUCUCUCCAACCUUGGGGGUCCGAACGUCGUCUCCCUCCAACUUUGGGGGUCCCCCACCGUCUCCCCCCGACCUUGAGGGUACCCCCCCACCGUUUCCCCCCAACCUUGGGGGUCCGAGCGUCGUCUCCCCCCAGCUUUUGGGGAUCCCACCACCGCCUCCCCCCAACCUUGGGGGUCUAAGCACCGCCUCCCCCCAAACUUGGGUGUCCCAGCGUCGUCUCCCCCCAGCUUUGGGGUUCCCACCACCGCCUCCCCCAUCCCCGGGGGUCCGAGCGUCGUGUUCCCUCCAGCCUUGGAGGCCCGAGCCCCUCGUCCCCCCACCGCCUCGGGGGUAUCGGUCUUCCCCUCCAUGGCUGCCCCUCGGUGUCCGUCGCCGCCGCCUUCUCCGCGCUGGCUUCCCACGCACGUUCAGGUGACGGUGUUGCGGGCCCGGGGCCUGCGGGGCAAAGGGGCGGGGGGCAGCAGCACCAGCGACGCCUACGCAGUCAUCCAGCUGGGCCGGGACCGCUACCGCACCUCGGUGGUGGAGAAGACGGCCGGCUGUCCCGAGUGGCGGGAGGAGUGCUCCUUCCAGCUGCCCCCGGGGACCCUGCCCCGCCCAGACCCCGGCGGAGGGGGACCCCCGGCCGCCCCCAGCGGAGGGGGACCCCCGGCCGCCCCCGACGGCUCCCCGCCGGACGCCCUCCUGCUGCUCACCGCCAUGCACCGCUCCCUCAUCGGCCUGGACAAGUUCUUGGGCCGUGCCGCCGUGCCCCUGGACCCCCUGCUCCGGGCCGGACGGGACCCCCACACCCAGUGGUACAAACUGCACUCGAAGGCCGGGAAGCGGGAGAAGGAGCGGGGUGAGAUCCAGGUAACCAUCCAGCUGACCCGCACCUCCCUGAGUGCCAGCAUGUUCGAUCUGUCGGCCCCGGACAAGCCCCGCUCGCCCUUCGGCAAGCUGAAGGACAAGGUGAAGGGCCACAAGAAGUUUGAGCUGGAGUCCGCCUCCGCCAUCAUCCCUGGGAGCGUGGGCCGGCUGGAGGAAGCAGAGGGCCUGGAGCUGGAUGGCAAGAAGGGCAAGGCCAAGGGCUUCUUCUUCCGCAACAAGCUGCGCAAGUCGUCGCUCACGCAGUCCAACACGUCUCUGGGCUCGGACAGCACCAUCUCCUCGGCCAGCGGAAGCUUGGCCCCGGGCUUUGCUGCCCUGGACCUCGAGGCCGCCCGCCCCCCGAGCAGGAAGAACAGCCUCUCCGGCCGGGAGGCGGCGUCCUUCCCCAAGACCCUGACACACAAGCGGGCGUUCAGCGACGAGGCGAGCCAGGUGACCGUCGCCCUGCCCCGAGCCAUCCACGACCUCAAGGCCAAGAACGACCCCGUCUCGCGGUCUUCUCUGUGUGUCAAUGGGAGCCACGUGUACUGCGAGGAGCCGCUCCCGGCCAUCCACCGCCCCUUCCCACUUUCCGGCUCCCUCCAGAACCUCGCCCCCCGCAGCGCCCAGGACGGCCCGGGCCCCCGGCCCGCUUCGGCCAAGGCGGAGGGUCCUCCGUGGGGAGGGGGCUUCGGGGCCGGGCCAGCAGAUGCCACAGCAUUGCCCCGGCUGACCGGCCCCGGGGGGCAGGCCCGGGAGGAGGAGGGGGGCGGUGGGGAGGGGGAGAGGCGGGCGGAGGGCAAGCCGGUGCAGAUCGCUACGCCCCUGGUCUUCGGCGAGCGCGAGGACGCGCGCAAAGAGGAGAAGAAGGCCAGGCCGGGCCUGUUCCUCCAUCACCACCACGGGGGCGGCAGGAGCGAACCAGGCUCCAGGGGCCCCGGGGACAAGGCCUCGCCUCAGAACCCCCCAGGCACCGAUGACAGGGGCAAGGGCAGCUGGUUCGGAUCCCGGGAUGCCAAGGAGCCGGGCCAGAAACCCAGCCCUCACCCCGUGAAGCCCAUCAGUGCGACCCCCGCGGACGGCGGCGGUGAGAAGAAGCAGCACCGCUCCAGUCUAACCACCGCCCUGAGCAGCGGCCUGGAGAAGCUCAAGACCGUGACCAGCGGAGGUGUCCAGCCCGUGGCCCCUGCCCCCCAGCCGGACAAGGAGUCCAAGAAGCUGAAGGACCCCUCCCCGUCGCCGGACGGGUCGGCCCGCUACUACCACCUGACGCACGACGAGCUGAUCAAGUUGCUGUUGCAGCGGGAGAGGGAGCUGAGCCAGCGCGACGAACACGUGCGGGAGUUGGAGAGCUACAUCGACCGAUUGCUGGUGCGCAUCAUGGAGCAGUCGCCCUCCCUGCUGCAGAUCACCCUGGACCAGGCCGGGGCCUUCCCGUGACGACCCCCGCCCCUGCCGUGACCCCCGGGCCCCCGCCUCCUAGUGCCACACGCCGAUGUCGGCCCGCCACCCGCCCGCCACCAUAGCUCCUGGCCUCCCUUCUCUGUCCCCGCCGUAGUUCAGCCCUGGGAUUUCGGGCCUAGACGGGAGGUGGCCCUGACUUCUGACCUCCUCCUUACUUCCCUGGCCCCGCCGCUUCGAGCCCCACCGCGGCACUGCUCUAGAUGUUCCCACGGAG